GAACUGCUGCCCUUGGUGUUAAUGUUUGAAUUACCUAUAGCUGGAAUCCUUCAACCAAUCCCCGAUCCAAGUUCUCCCACCAUUCAGCACAUAUCGCAGACGUACAAUAUUUCGGUGUCCUUUAAGCAGCGUUCUCGGACGUACGGCGCUACGGUCAUGAUCAGAGGGUCCCAGAAUAACGCGAGUGCCGUGAAGGAAGGAACGGCUCUGCUCUUGGAGCACCUGGCCGGCAGCUUGGCCUCUGCGAUCCCGGUGAGCACCCAGCUGGACAUAGCAGCCCAGCACCACCUCUUUAUGAUGGGCCGAAAUGGCAGCAACAUCAAGCAUAUCAUGCAGAGAACCGGUGCUCAGAUCCAUUUCCCCGAUCCUAGUAAUCCCCAGAAGAAAUCCACGGUCUACCUCCAAGGCACAAUCGAAUCGGUCUGUCUUGCCAGACAAUAUCUCAUGGGCUGCCUUCCUCUUGUGCUGAUGUUUGAUAUGAAGGAAGAAAUUGAUGUAGAACCACACUUUAUUACCCAGCUGAUGGAGCAGCUAGAUGUCUUCAUCAGUAUUAAACCAAAGCCGAAACAGACAAGUAAGUCUGUGAUCGUGAAAAGCGUUGAGCGAAAUGCCUUAAAUAUGUAUGAAGCACGGAAAUGUCUCCUGGGUCUGGAAAGCAGUGGCAUUGCUAUAGCGACAAAUCCCUCCCCCAUCUCUUGCCCGGUUGGCCUUCCUUGUCCUGGCUUGGACAUCUUGACCUCAGCCGGCCUUGGACUAACUGGACUUGGUCUUUUGGGUCCAACCACUUUAUCUGUCAACACAUCCACACCCCCAAACUCUCUCCUAAAUGCUCUCAAUAGUUCGGUUAGUCCUUUGCAGAGUCCAAGUUCAAACACACCAAGUUCAACUCUCUGGGCUUCCUCAAUCGCUAAUACAAGCUCUGCAGGUUUCUCUGCUAUUCCUCACCUGAUGAUGCCGCCUACUGCACAAGCCACGUUAACCAGUAUCUUGUUGUCAGGAGUGCCCAACUAUGGUCAGAGCACACCGUCUCCCCCUCCCGGCUUAACUCCUGUUGAUAUUCAUGUGAAUGGCAUGCAAGUGGAGAGCAAGAAAAACCCAACCUCAUCAUUAAAUGGUCAUGUAAAGACCUCAGCUAUGAAGUAUCCUGCAUUCUCUGCCACAGCUCUUGGUGAAAAUGUACUAAAUGCAAACCACAGCGAUCCUUCUCGGACGAUUGGUAGCCACAAUGCCACUGAACAAGUGACGGCCAAGACGAAUUCUGGCGAAGGUUGCAAUGAUGCUUUUGUGGAAGUGGGCAUGCCCAGGAGUCCUUCACACUCGGCAAAUGCCAACGACCUUAAGCAGAUGAUGAGCACCUCUAAGCAAUCCUGCACGAAGAGGCAGACGGUGGAAUUGCUGCAAGGCACCAAAAAUUCUCGUUUACACGCGGGGGAGAGGUUGCUGUCGGAUUCUGAGCUGAGUGCUUCAGAGACCACGGUGGCUGAUAAAAAGGCACCUGGAAGCGAACGGGCAGCCGAGCGGGCGGCCGCAGCCCAGCAGAACUCAGAAAGAGCACACCUGGGCCCCCAGUCGACGUAUGUGGAUAUGCAGGCAUUUGACUACGAACAGAAGAAGCUACUAGCAACCAAAGCUAUGCUAAGAAAGCCUGUUGUUACGGAGGUGAGAACACCCACAAACACCUGGAGUGGGCUGGGCUUCUCCAAAUCGAUGCCGGCCGAAACCAUUAAGGAACUGAGAAGGGCAAACCACGUGGCCUACAAGCCAUCUAUGUCGACAACUUAUGAGGCUUCCUCCAUGUCCCUCUCCCGAUCCAACAGCCGGGAACACCUGGGGAGCGGGAGCGAUUCCGACAACUGGAGAGAUCACAACGGCAUUAGUUCAACUGCUCCGGGGGACUAUGUUUCUUCCAUCGGAAGCCCUAAACGAAAACAAAAAUCAAGUGAGCAUUAUCUCAGCAGUAGCAACUACAUGGAUUGCAUCUCCUCCCUGAUAGGAAGCAACGGCUGUAACCUGAACAGUCUGUUUAAGGGAUCUGACCUACCUGAGUUAUUCAGCAAACUGGGCCUGGGUAAAUACACAGACAUAUUUCAGCAACAAGAGAUUGAUCUUCAGACAUUCCUCACUCUAACAGAUCAGGAUCUGAAAGAGCUUGGAAUUACCACUUUUGGUGCACGAAGGAAAAUGCUGCUGGCAAUCUCAGAAUUGAACAAAAACCGAAGAAAACUCUUUGACCCCUCCAAUGUCCGAGCCUCGUUUCUGGAAGGCGGCGCAAGUGGACGGUUGCCCCACCAGUACCAUUCGGACAUUGCCAGCGUGAGCGGCCGUUGGUAG